AUGUCUGUUCCAUCUCCUGCGAAAGAUAGUUUAGAUAAGCUGCAGAAGGUUGUAUAUCCCCUCUACAGUUUAAGUAGCCUGUCAGAUCAGGUUGCAUGUGCUCAUAAGAAUGGCUUUGAUGCAAAUGCUUUAUAUAAGCACAUUUUCAAGGUUGUUCAAAACAAUAGAAUGCAUCCACUAAUGGUCGUCAUCGAAAUAACAGAAAUUGUUACAGAGGGUCUCUUAAAAGGAAAUAUUACAGAAGAUGAAAUCGAAAAGCUUGUUCCCCAUGGAAAACAAAGGAUCAGAGGAUUGAACAAGAAAUGGGGAUUCUAUACAAUAAAGAAUGUCAGAGAAAAGGAGAGUCUUCGACCAGCUACUUUGACAUUUUGCAGAAUGAUUUGCUUAUUUCCUCAAAUUGCUAGUCUGACAUUAUCUCGUCAUGGCCAUUCUGGCUACUUUGCAAACAAAUUUCCUAAUGAUGCAGGAAUAUAUCCAGCACAGACUUUCAAGCUUCCGAUGGAAAUGAAGCAUUUGGGUUUUGGUGGGCUUAUUCCAAAUGGAGUAAGUAAUGCGCUUUACAACGAAAUUCUUGAGGUUGCUAGUUUGGCCUUCAUGGUUGAAUUCAACCUUAUGGGAAACCCUGACCGCAAUGAGAAUUUUUCGGCUGCGUAUGAAGGUCAGAAGCCUUACAUGAAAGCUGCCAAGGGUGGUCCUAUAACUGAUACUGACAGGAUCGCAUUCUUGAUAAUGCUGGGAUUGGAUACUGUUGAAGCAGUGACUAGGAUUGUUGAAGUUGCUAAUUCAGCUAUGGUUGCUUGUGCUGCUCAGACUAGAUACAGUAUGACUUCAUUCCAGCCAUUAAUCCAAGGACAAAAGAUAAAGUUUGUCGAGGACGAUACUGUUUAUGCUCAUGCUGUGACUGAAGCAGUAGAAAUAGCUGAUUCUCUAAUAAUCAAAGCAUCUUCAAUGCUACAUUUUUCUGUGACAGUAACUGUCAAUAAUGAUAACAAUUCUCGGGUUAGCGUAGAUGAUACCAUUGAGGACGCAAGCAGCUGA